UUAUAAAUGUGAGCGAGACAGUGAGGCGCGUUUCGCGCGCGCACAGAGAGAUAGGCGUUUCAAAGCUGUGGUAAACACAGAAGUGCAGUCAACUGCUGGGUUGAGGGAGGGCGGCGAUAGUGAGGGACUUUCCACACACACAUCGGAGCGACACCAUGAAGCAGCUUCGACUGAUCUUGAACUGUGCGCGGCUGAGCGCUGCGACCGCCUUGAUUCUCUUCUUCUUAACUUCGUGCACCAAUUACUGGCUCCACGCGGUGACCCAGCCGUUCCUGAACGACACCGAGACGUCCUCCAAUUCAACUGGAAUUAAUCAGCCAUUUUCUAUGAAUAAAUCAGCUCCCCAGGAAGAGGAACAAUCUUCGACUCAUCAAGCGAGACCCAACCUGGACACAGCCUUAGUGAUUCCAACCAGUUCAACUGGGACAAACCAGGAACACUUCAAUGGGAAAGAAAAUUCACUUGGAAUGAAUCAACCAUCUCCUACAAAUGAACCAGUUGACUGGGAAAAGGCAUAUUAUCAGGCUCGUAGAAAGCUGAACAAGCACAGAAUCUUAUUUGUUAAGCAGCUGAGUCUGACUUACCAUCAUGAGGGUUUCUUCUGGAGAUGCUGGUUCACAGAUCAAAAGGUAGAAGCUACAAUCUCAAAAUUUAUAUUUGUUAACCAACCACCUUCGAAAUGCUGCUUACAUGCUUAUCAUUCUCCAUUUCCAAGCACCGUAGGGAAAACCUCCUCUGAAUUUGAAUCUGCGAUAGUCUAUCGUCGUUUGUGGAGUACGCUGAUGUUUUUGGCAGUAAUAUUUAUUACAAUUGGAUGCAUAAUCAUUACUUUGAAAGCGUUUUCUGAAACUUACCAGAUGUAUAAAAUUGUGGGGGCCAUAUUUUUGCUGUCUGGUACUUUGAAUGCACUGUCAAUCAUCAUGUAUGCCUAUUGGAUAUCAGCUGUACGUCAAAUGAUGGCUGCAGAUGAAAUGACUAUACAAGUCAAUACAGGUUUAAACAUUGGCAAGACUGAAGUGAAAUAUGGCUGGUCUUUCAUGGCAGCUCCUGUUGGAAUAUUAUUCUCUUUGAUUGCAGGCUUGUCGUUCUUGAAAGUAACUGGUAUUGCUUACAAGGAAAGCAGUAGCAUCAUUUAAGUGUAUAUACUACACAACCAAACACAAAACAUGAAAUGUAUCAAGAUAUUUUAUCCUGUUAAAAUAUAAAAAGAUGUUAAUGUGAUAAUCUGACAUUUGCUUGUAUUCAAUAAUUAUUCUGUAGCUUCUGAAUUUUAACUGCAUCUUCAGUUUUUAAUAUUGUAUGACAUGUUUAAUGUUGCUACACAGAUAUAGCUGGUGUGAUUUGCUUCAAUUGUCUUAUGUAAUUUUUAAGAUCAUGUAUUAGGGUCUCAUAACAUCGUUGUGGGGAGUAAAGAGUUAUUAUGAUUUGCUGGAGAGGAAGUCAUUAUAGCCGAUAAACCCAAGCUGUUUUCGAGUUGUAUUUUGUUUUCCUUACCCUGUACUUGCCCACUAAAUGGCAGACAAAACACACCUGGCCAGCUGCAGCUGUAUUUUGUUUUUCUUUAUUUUUUUCAUGCUAGGCCAGCAUUGAUUGCCUAUCCCUAAUUGCCCUUGAGAAGGUAGAGGUGAGCUGUUACCUUGAACCGCUGCAGUCCAUUUGGUGUAGGUACAACCACAGUGAUGGGUUAUACAAAACAUGGAAAAAAAAUUCUCUUUGUUUUGUAAUUAUUUGAGUGUGGUAUAAAGAUUUUGUUUUAAAAGAAAAAGUUGUACAUCAUUAUAUUGAGAUACACAGUUGAAAGGCAUUGUUUAAUUACCUAGAGCAUUUGUAAACCUGGGGGUAAUAGGUAAAUAGCAGACAUAUGUAAUGUUACAUUCUGUAAAUAAACCCAUUAUUAAGAAAAA